AUGGGCGAGCAAGAGCAACCAAUGGUCUCCCACGGCCGUGGAGGCCAGGGCAACAUCGGCCAUGAUUCUACGCAAUACGUCGACGGCGAGAUCGUCCGCGAGGGCGUUUACGGCGACCAGGGUGACGGUGCAUACUCCGCCGGGGUCCCCCACGACGCAGAGAUGGUCCCAGAGCUCGCGGUCCGCAACUCUACGGAUGAGAACUACCAUGUCGGCCGCGGUGGCCAGGGUAACGUCCACCUCGACGACGCAACCCGCAAGGAGAAAGAGGAGAAGAAGAAGGGUCCUGCGCAUGAGGGGUUGGCGGAUAAAUUGAAGCAUAAGCUUAUGGGGCGGAAGUAG